AUGAAAGCAAUAAGCCCUAAGAGAUCCUUCACGAAAAAGAGCAUCAGUGUCAUGGAUCAAAACCUGGGAAUAUCUCGGAGUAAAACCCCAGUGGACGAUCCCUUGAGCCUGCUGUAUAAUAUGAACGACUGUUACUCCAAACUGAAGGAACUUGUCCCCAGCCUUCCUCCAAACAAGAGCGUUAGUAAGAUCGAAAUCCUGCAGCAUGUCAUCGACUACAUCUUGGACCUUCAGAUUGCACUUGACACCCAUUCCGCGAUAGAAAGUCUACAGCACCAGCAGCGACAGGGGCAGGCUACACCCCGCACUCCCCUGUCAACCCUCAACACAGACCUGAACAGUCAUCCGUUGCAGGUGUUUGGUUUGGACUAA